AUGGUAGCUGCGGUUGCUGCUGGAGACUCAGGACUUACGUCAUGGGGAGAAUGGUUCAAGAAAGAGUAUAGAAGACCAAUCUUAUUCUGUGCGUUAAUUGCCAUCGCACCCGUUGCCUAUGGGUAUGAUGGAACGUAUUUCACCUCUUUGUUAGAGACACCUGUAUUCGUCAGACAAUUUGGUGAUUCCAAUGGAGACGGUACAUAUUCUAUUUCAAGUGGUGAUCAAUCUCUCUGGGUAUCCAUUAUCCAAGUCGGUGAAGUAUUUGGAUCACUCGCCGCGGGACCUAUUGGUGAUUACGCCGGACGAAAAGGUGGUCUUCUUUCAGCCAUCAUCCUGCUUGCCAUCGGUGUUGUUUUACAGAUGAUUAUAAUAGGUAGUUCAGCUCUUCUCACUGUCGGCCGUUUGAUUGCUGGUGCAGGUAUUGGCAUCAUAUCUAAUGCAGCACCACUUUACCUUUCCGAAAUCCCUCCUGUGGAAAUUCGAGGUGCAUGUGUCUCGAGUUGGCAACUCAUGUUGGCCAUUGGUCAAGUUAUUGGUGCUUGUGUCGGUCUUGCUUCCCACAACAAAUCAGACACUUCAUCAUGGAGAAUCCCUAUUGCUAUCAAUCUUGUUUGGGUUGUUCUUCUCUUCGGAGUCCUUUUCAUUGUGCCCGAAUCUCCUCGAUGGCUGUUAUACAAAGGAAAAUCUGAGAAAGCUGAAAGAGCAUUAUUCAAGAUUCAUGGAGGAUCAGAAUACAAAGAAUCUCUCGUUCAAGAACAAUUGGCCAUUCUCAACAAAUCAAGGGAGGAAGAAGCAGAAGCUUCAAGUAGUGAAUCCAAAUGGAGUGAUCUGUGGAGGAAUCCCGUUGAGAGAAGAAAAUUCAUUGCAACAGUUGGUAUUCUGGUCUCCCAGCAGAUUUCCGGUGUUCAAUUCAUUUUCUCAUACACCACUACCUUCUUCACUCUCGUUGGAUUAAGCGACACUUUUAUCAUUACGAUCAUUGUUGAUUGCAUUGAGGUUCUUGGUGUACUUGCGAGUUUCUUCGUUGUUAAUCGAUUUGGUCGACGACCGUUGUUACUUUACACUGGUAUCUUCAUGUUAAUCACUUUGCUCGUUGUUGGAUGUCUUGGAGCUGUUGCAGGACAAGGAAGUCGAUUUGAGCCAUACCUUAAAGAUCACCCUGCAUUCGGUAAAGCAGUAGCAGCCAUGAUUUGUCUAUACGUCUUCGCCUUCAACGUGGCUUGGGGACCUUUGGCUUGGGUAGUAGCUGCUGAAAUGUCAACUGGAAGAAACAGACAAAAGCACUUGUCUAUUGGUACUGCCCUUUUCUGGGUUUCAGCUUGGGCAGUCACAUUCACUCUACCUUACUUGUUCCAACCUACCGAGGCUGGUCUUGGUCCAAUGAUCGGUUUCAUAUACUCCCUUGGUGCUCUCGCUUCUUUGCUUUUCGUCUACUUCUUCAUUCCUGAAACCAUCGGUAGAACCCUUGAAGAAAUUAACUUCAUGAUGGAAGCUAGACUCCCCACUAGACAAUGGAAAGAUUUCGAUCUUGCUACCGUUGUAGCCAAAGAUGAGAAGAAAGGUACUCGAGGCACUACAGAGCACGUCGAGACUCAGGUCAACGGAAAUCCUACUGGACCUAAAAGCGAAAAGCCUAGAAUAAGAAGAUUUGAAACUUCUUUUAUGAAUAAAAAAUCUACUGGAGCUCACGCUGCUGAAGAUUCUCCUUAA